AUGUAUGGCCCUCCUGGUUGCGGAAAGACCAUGCUUGCCAAAGCUGUUGCAGCCAACACGGCAGCAUCGUUCAUCAGAGUUGUUGGCUCAGAGUUCGUGCAGAAAUAUUUGGGAGAAGGUAAUUUGUCAAAAUUCCAUCUGGUCGUACUGACUGUGACGGCUUUAGGUCCACGAAUGGUUCGUGACAUCGGUAUCGACCCUCCUCGUGGAGUUCUUAUGUAUGGCCCUCCUGGUUGCGGAAAGACUAUGCUUGCUAAAGCUGUAGCGGCCAACACGGCAGCAUCGUUCAUCAGAGUUGUCGGCUCAGAGUUCGUGCAGAAAUAUCUGGGAGAAGGUAAUUUGACUAAAUUUCGACUUGGAAGUAGUAUUGACUGCAACGAUUUAGGUCCAAGGAUGGUUCGUGACGUGUUCCGCCUUGCAAAAGAAAACUCACCUUCAAUCAUAUUUAUUGACGAGAUUGAUGCCAUAGCCACAAAACGAUUUGAUGCGCAAACAGGAGCGGACAGAGAAGUCCAACGUAUCCUUCUGGAACUUCUGAAUCAAAUGGAUGGAUUUGACCAAAGUACCAAUGUGAAGGUUAUUAUGGCCACAAACAGGCACGACACCCUGGAUCCUGCUUUGCUCCGACCAGGUCGAUUGGACAGAAAGAUCGAAUUUCCUCUACCCGACAGGCGCCAAAAGCGUCUUGUCUUCUCUACCAUAACAUCGAAGAUGAACUUAUCAGAUGAUGUUGAUCUCGAAGAUUACGUUGCCAGGCCUGACAAAAUUUCUGGCGCUGAUAUUAAUGCAAUUUGCCAAGAGGUCAUUAUGGCCACGAACAGGCACGACACCUUGGAUCCUGCUUUGCUUCGACCAGGUCGUUUAGACAGAAAAAUCGAGUUUCCUCUACCCGACAGGUCAGUCAGUUUGUUUCCUUAUGUACAGGUAGACUUUAGAGUCGACGAUAUCAUUGGGAUUUUUAGGCGCCAAAAACGUCUUGUCUUCUCUACCAUUACGUCAAAGAUGAACCUAUCAGAUGAUGUUGAUCUCGAAGAUUAUGUAGCCAGGCCUGACAAAAUUUCUGGCGCUGAUAUCAAUGCAAUUUGCCAAGAGGCUGGCAUGCACGCUGUCAGAGAAAAUCGCUACGUAGUAUUGACCAAGGACUUUGAGAAAGCAUACAAAAACGUUAUCAAAAAGGACCAGAAUGACUUCGAGUUCUACAAGUAA